UAGGCUUACUCGUCUGUUCGAUUUCGACCGUUCCUAGUUCGUAGUAUGGAGGCUCAAGUCCGCAGAUAUUUAAAUCUGGGUUUCCUGGUUUGGGAAAUUACUGACGAGAUCUGUAUGCCCUACAAGAGUCUGCGUAGAUUCAUGGCUAGGCAGCAUAUGACUGUCAGGGAAGCAUACAGUCUACUGAAGAGCUGCAACUUCUUGGGUACCAAAUCUGUACCGAGAACCCAAGACUUGGAGUCAAAAUGGUGGUGAAUAGACUCCAUUCCUUGGGUCAUCGUUUACAAAGGACCAGAGUCCGUGAAGAAAUUUUUGGUGAAGCAUCAGCCUCAAUCAUUAGAAAACAGACAGGUCUUCCUUCCUCCAGUUUUAUUCAGAUCAAGAAGAGGAAGAAGCAGUAAAAAAAAUUGAUGAUAAGAUUGUGUCAGUUAAAUUUAUGAAAUCCAAGUCAAGUUGUUUAGCUGAAUUCCCAACUUUUGAGGAGGCAAAUGACUUCAUCAAGAAAACAGCCUUGUCAAAGGAUUGUGGGGAUCUUAAAUAUUGCGCAGAGAGCACUGCAAUGCAAACCUCUAAUAUUGCAAAAGCCAGCAUUCAACCUAACCAAAUUGUCGUACGGGAUGUCCCAAAAAAAGCUACUCUAAAAGAAUUAGCCCUCCUCUUCCCAGAUGCCAACUCCGUGACGCUUUACAACCAAACGUUUCCCUCGUCUGACUAUUGCCAUGCUGCCUUCCGUUUCGAAAAUGUCGACCGAGUAAAUGCAAUUCUCACUGAGAUGACAGAGGACGAAAUUCUUGGGAAAAAGGUUUACGUUGCUCCAGCAUACAGUUGCUUAUUGACAGAUAUGCCUAAGCUAGGAGAACCUUGGACGGGAGACAAACCGAUUACAGAAUCCCCUAAAGCAAAGGGUUCAAAAGAAUCACCAAAGUAAAAAAUCAAAUUGGAGAAAGAUGUGAACGGUGGUGAUGAAGAAGAGGAAGAAGAAGGUGAAGAUAAAGAAGAUGAAGAAGAAGUUGAAGAUGAAGAUGAAGAAGAUAAAGAAAAUGAAGAUGAAGAAAACGAGGAAAAUGAUGAAGAAAAUGAAGACGACGAUGAAGGCGAGGAUGAAAAUGGCAAAGAUGACAACGAAGAAGAGAUGGAAUCUGCUGCUGACGAAGAUAAUGAAGAAGAGAGUGACGAUUAAAGACGUAGUGCCAGUGUUAACAUCGAUGUCGAGGCAUUUCUAUUAUGUUAACCUUACUUGCAAAUUUCAAUCAAAUAAAACGAAUCGGACACUAUAAAACUGAAGUCGCGAAAUGUGAUGUGAAUCGUGACACUCGUGUCCUUAUGUUUGUUCGAGUAAUUACAAGAAAAAAGUAUAUGCCAACAA